AUGUCUUUACCACUUUAUACAACAUUAGCAGUUUCAUGUAAGAUACCUGAAGAAAAUUCAGGACCGACGAUUGUUCAUAGUACGGGUGUUUCAAGUUACAAUAUUCAUCCAGAACUUAUUCGAGUUUUACAAGAAUCAUGUUCAAAUGAAAAAUUAUGUAAUCAUGAACUAGGUGUUCAAUGUAUUGAUCCACCAGCACAUAUUAUCGGAACAUUUCAAAAUGUUGGAUUUUCUCCAACAACGUCAUCAACAGCGGGAGAGCGUAAAAUAUGGCUGUUAACAAAAACAAGUUAA